AUGGGCGAAGAAAACGAAGUCGCAGACGCUGUCCCCCAAGUCGCUUUCAAGAAACGCUCCAAGGGCAAAGCCAACUUUCGCAAGAAGCCCGCGACGCCACCUCCAGCUUCCGACUCCGACUCCGACUUUAUAUCAUCCGAUGACGAAGAAGGGCGGCGAAUCAAGAGGCGACGCAAGAAUGCAGCUGUCACCGCUUCAUCGACAAAUGCGACAAGGAAACAGCACACAGACGGACCUACAGCAGCAGUUCCUGCUCCAUUAACCUCGAGCAACGAUGCCACCAAAGCUUCCGACUGGUACGAUGAGAACUUGAGCGAGAAGAACUUAUUGGGCACAACCCGGGCGAAACCAGCCCCUUCUACCUCACAGCUAGACGGAAGCUACAAGGGCGCUGCCAACUAUCAAUCUUUCAUCCAGAAGAACCCCGACGCACCGGGGAAAUUCGGUCCUGUCAAAGCAGCGACCAAUGUUAGGACUAUUACAGUCACGGAUUAUGCCCCUGAUGUGUGCAAGGAUUGGAAACAAACUGGCUACUGUGGCUUUGGAGACAGUUGUAAAUAUCUCCAUUCUCGCGAGGCAUACAAGGCAGGAUGGGAGCUGGAUCGGGACUGGGAAGUCAACACCAAGGGCAAGCAAUUAACCGGGCGAGUGAUUUCCCAGCGAAAAGGUGCGGGCAAAGUCGACGCAGAAGACGAUGAAGAUGAUGAAGAUGAAUUGCUAGAGAGCAUCCCAUUUGCCUGCCUAAUCUGUGUGAAGCCCUAUCAAGAACCUAUCAUCACCAAAUGUGGGCACUAUUUCUGUGAAGCCUGUGCCCUGCAGCGGUACCGGAAGACUCCGUCGUGUGCUGCUUGUGGCGAGGGAACUGGGGGUGUCUUCAACGUUGCGAAGAAGUUGAAUACUCUUCUGAACAAGAAGCGAGAACGUGCGCGCAGGAUUCGAGAAGAGGCGAUUGCAAAGGGGGAGGAGGUUAGCGAUGAAGAGGAUGAUAGUGAUUAG